CAUAGCAACAGGAAAACUUCUUCAGUGGGAGAUGUGCAAAAUAUGCAACGAAGGCAACUGGAAGAAUGUGUGUUGGAUGUUUUCAUGUGUUUAAAAUAGGCUGACCAGCUAACUGUGCAAGAUGCCUAUACAUAAAGUUCCAAUUGUUCAAAACUUUGCACUCAUAACUCAAGGACACCCGGAAUUUCAUCAGUAUUACACCCAGAGAAGUGGUAGCACCUCCGAAGAAUAUACCAGUAGCGGUACUUGCAGGACUUUUCAAGCAACCAGGAACCCCUUUGAGGUAACAGAGGACUUUGUUGAACAGUUCAACAAUGCUGUUGGGCAGGAACAACAAAGCUACAACGAACAUGCCAGCCAACUUCUCAGCGGAGUCAAGCGGCGGGCAGGACUGAGCUCCUAUGGAGAAGGGAACCAUGUAGAGCUUCCACUUGCCUGGAGGGAGCUGGUGCUGCUCAGCCUGUGUACUCGACAAGUACAAAAUGCUGCGCUGGAUGCGCUGCUGAUGUCUAUGGACCAGGCCCCGCUGCAGCCGGACCAGAUCCCGGUCCUCUUCUUCCUGGCCGAGUCCGUCCUCUACUCCGUGUCCGCGGAAGCCUCGGCCAAACCUAACCUCUACAUCCGCGAGAUGAAGCUGGUCAAGCUGGGCUACUUGUUGUUCCUGCGGCUGUUUCUCUUCCACGUGUCGGAGGACCUAGUGGGCUUUGAGGCCAAUGCAGCCCAUCUGCGGGGCUCUCUGAGUGCUCUGUCGCAUUGCGAGUCCUGCUAUCAAGAGUUCCCAGACAUCCUAUUGGCUCUGCACUUCAUGCUAGGUGUCGGCCAGAUGAUUUGGCAGAGCGAGAGGCGAGAUGGGGAUGUGGAGCAGCAGGGCCAUAGCUCUGAGCUGCAGGAGAUCGCGGAGGCGGGUCCAAGCGCAGGCGCAGGUGCGGUCCAGGAGGAGGCGGCCAGGGGUCCGGGUUCUGUACCAGGGGCACAGGGCUAUGAGCUGCAGCCCUUCCUGUGGCGCUGCCUGCUGUGCUGGUACGCCGCUCAGCACAGCUCACCUCAGCUCAGCCAGGAACUGCAGCAGCUCUUCCAGCACACAGACCACACGCUGGAGAUUAACUGGAUAGAGAGCAGUCUGGGCCUGCUGGUGCUGGGGGAGGCUGCCAAGAGCAGCAUGGCGUGCCUGCUGGCCCUGCUGGACCUCCACGCCAUGCAGCCCGAGGACAGAGCCACGCCCGUCAAUGACAGGGACGUGGAGCUGGAGAGGAGGGUGUGGCCAUGGCACCUGGAGCAUGUGUACUGUGGCGUCCUGGCGGACGUGUGCCUGCAGAGCCAGAGUGCGGAGAUCCAGAAGACGGCGCUGGUGGGCAGAGCCUGCCCGCGGGGACUCAGGCAGCACGGGGGACUGCUCGCCCUGCUCACGCCAGCUGCGGAUGAUGAAGAUGAGGAUGAGGAGGGCCUGUGGCGUCUGCGCUACAGUGCGGUGCAGGCGGUGGUGCGCGUGUGCCGGGGCGGCGGGGCAGGAGCGGGGCUGAAGGAUGCAGCAUGGCUGGCACUGCAGCAGCGGCUCACACAAGAACACGACCAGAGAGUACACACCGCCCGCACGCUCACUGAGGCAUUGCUGGGUACGUUUGACACACCUGUCCAAUCAGAGAGCGUGAGGAGCUCGUCCAAGAGCCCCGCCCCUGCACCUGUCACCCUGCAGGUGUACCCGUCCCUCAUCUCCAAGCGGCUGGCUAACUUCCUGUCGGCCGUCUACCUGCCCCUGAUCCCUCACCUGCUGCCGUUCCCCGACGCCCACACCUGCACUAGGACCAAGAGGCGGCUUCCCUCCAAGGCCAAACCCAGCCACAGGCAGCCUUCACUGGCCCGCAAGAUACCACUAACCACCCCUCUGCCAGCCAUGCCCAAGGUUGAUACCGGACGCCAGACAUCCAGGUUGAGUCCAAAACCAACUCCUGUGGAUUUUGUGACCCGUACAGAAACAGAUUUGAAGAAAAUCAUUGAAGAUCAAUGGCAGAAAGAGCUGAAAAUCAAAAAGGUGGAGGAGGAGGAGGCUGAAAGGGAGGAGUUGUCCAAACGGCAGGAGGCGGAUGAGGAGCGCUUCAAAGGAAUCAUGAGGAGGCGCAGGGAGGUGCUGAAUAAGGACACUAGGCCAUACGAACUGGCCUCCUGCAGUAAUGCCACCUCCUCCUGAGAAACAGUACACAGCAAUGGGCAACCUGGAUCCAUAAGCUACAGUCCAGUGCCACAUAUUCCAAAUUACCUGGUUUUACCUGUCCAAUUCAAAUAGGUGAUUGCCUAAUUGGGCAGGUAAACCCAGGUUAUCUGGAACAUGUGGCACUGGAUAGUAGCUUCUGCAUCCAGGUUGUCCAUCACUGUCAACACAACACCAAAAGUUAAGAGUUAGGCUCAGUGUCUCUACACUUUUAUUAGAUAGGACAGAUAACACAUUGGACAAUGUAGUAUGCUUUUUUGUAACAGCAAUUUCUAAUCAUAUGGCAAGUAGCAUGAAGAAUCAAUGCAUUAACCAUGUCAUACAAUAACUAUGCUUUUUCACCAAAGUGGUGAAACACUUAAAGGAUUAUUUAAUACAUUUGCAUUGCAUCUUUGCUAUAAA